UCAAUUCAAGAUGGCGGCGUCUAUCAGGAAGUAAGAAAAACAAACCACAGUAACAAUUUAUGACGAAAAAAUCCAAGUUUUGCUCGACCAGUACGAACCCCGGUGCGGCAAACCACCUUCGAAGGCGAUUGAGAGUACAGAAACCGUAAAUUUCGCAAGGUCAUGGAAGUUGCACUGGUGUGGUGAGGACACUGUUCCACAAGCUGCCAUGUGUGGACCCGGAGCCUGAUGCCCAUACUCUCCAAGCCUCCUGUCAUGGACGGGGACAACUACCCGCACCCAGAGGGGCCGCUGGAGAGCGGCAGGUACCUCCAUUCGCCCAUACAGAGCCAGAUGUACCACUUUGGUUCCCGGGGAGUCUCACAGCAGGCUGCAUAUAAUUUGCACUGUCCUAUGCAAUCUGGAAACCAGCAAUACCACUUAAACACCACUUCAGAUAUGCAAAUGGAUAUGAUCAGCCCCACGUUGUUUGACUUCGACUUUACAAAUUUUGGCCUCCCCCUCAAUGGAGACUUUGCUCAGGACCUCUCCUGCAUCGAUGACAUUACUUCGCGCUUCUCCUCACCCUGCUCCCUCCCGGACUACCCGGACAACACGCCUCACGUGCCCACAUUAUGGGACAUCAACACCCCCGCAACAAGCCAGCAGGAGUCCAACAGGUUUCAGGGCUUGAACAGUAUUGAAGAUAUUUCUGCCAUUAUCAGCACAUCGGCUUUAGGAUACCAGCCGCCUCCACAGCCUCCGCCACCCCCACAUCCCCCAGAGGAGGAAGAGGAGGCAGAAGAAGAGGAAACAGAGGAGCUUGGACACAUUGAUACUUAUGCUGAAUACAGACCUUCCAAAUCCACCAUUGGAAUCUCGCACCCAGACAUCGUAGUGGAAACCAACACCCUUUCCAGCGUACCCCCUCCUGACAUCACGUACACUUUGUCCAUUCCUGAAAGUACUAUCAUUGUCGGCCUGCUCUCUGCCCUGCAGCUGGAGGCAAUCAUAUACGCGUGCCAGCAACAUGAGGUGAUCCUACAAAACAAGCAAAGAGCUGGCUUCCUCAUCGGUGAUGGUGCUGGUGUGGGCAAGGGCCGCACAGUGGCUGGCAUCAUUUUGGAGAAUUACCUAAAGGGACGAAAGAAAGCAUUAUGGUUCAGCGUUUCCAAUGACCUUAAAGUCGACGCAGAGAGAGAUCUCACAGAUAUUGAUGCACCCAAUAAAUGUGUACACGCCUUAAGCAAGAUUAAGUAUGGAGACACAGCUACCUCAGAAGGAGUCCUGUUUGCCACCUACUCAGCUCUGAUUGGUGAGAGCCAAGCAGGUGGACAGCAUCGCACGAGGCUCAAGCAGAUCCUGGACUGGUGUGGACCAGACUUUGAUGGAGUCAUUGUGUUUGACGAAUGCCACAAAGCCAAAAAUGCCACAUCUACGAAGAUAGGCAAGGCGGUCCUGGACCUACAGAACAAGCUGCCACUGGCCAGGGUGGUGUAUGCCAGCGCCACAGGUGCCUCCGAGCCAAAGAACAUGAUCUACAUGAGCCGUUUGGGAAUCUGGGGAGAAGGAACACCCUUUAAGACUUUUGAUGACUUUCUACACGCUAUUGAAAAGAGGGGUGUAGGAGCCAUGGAGAUUGUGGCCAUGGACAUGAAGGUCAGCGGCAUGUACAUUGCACGGCAGCUCAGCUUCUCGGGGGUGUCUUUCCACAUCGAGGAGAUCAGCUUGGACAAAGACUUUGUGCUGGUCUACAACAAGGCUGCCAAUCUGUGGGCAGAAGCACUGAUAGUGUUCACACGUGCUGCAGACGAGCUGGGCCUGGUUUCUCGAAAGUCUUUGUGGGGUCAGUUCUGGUCAUCGCACCAGCGCUUCUUCAAGUACCUCUGCAUUGCAGCCAAGGUACGCUGCCUGGUGGAGCUGGCCAACAGGGAGCUGCAGCAGGGCAAGUGUGUCGUGAUUGGGUUGCAAUCCACUGGUGAGGCACGUACCAGGGAGGUCCUGGACGAAAAUGAUGGCCAUCUGGACAGAUUUGUCUCUGCAGCAGAAGGAGUGUUCCAGUCUCUGGUACAAAAGCACUUUCCGUCAGAGAAGCAGAAAAGAGAGAAAGGCGCUGGAAGCAAGAGGAAAUUAACCGGAGCUACAGGCAGACCCAAAGGCCGUCAGCCGAAGUAUCCAAAGCACAACAUAGACAUCGGGGGUGUGAUCAACAUCAGUGACGACAGCAGCUCUGACUCAGACGGCAUGGAGAGUGAUUCCAACUCCUCAGGCGACUCCCUCCAGGACAAUGACGAUGUCAUCUUUGUCAACCACACUAACUGUCACACUGCUAAAAUAGAAGAAAUGAAGCAAGGUCUUCUGGACAAGAUUUCUGAGCUAGGAAAAGAACUACCUCUGAAUACUCUGGACGAGCUGAUUGACAAGUUUGGGGGCCCUGAGCACGUUUCCGAGAUGACUGGUAGGAAGGGGCGUGUGGUGCGACGGCCAGACGGGAGUGUACGGUACGAGUCUCGCGCCGAGCAGGGCGUCACCAUCGAUCAAGUCAACAUUAAGGAGAAGGAGCGCUUCAUGGACGGAGACAAGCUGGUGGCCAUCAUCUCCGAGGCAGCCAGCUCCGGCAUCUCGCUGCAGGCUGACAAGCGUGUGAAGAACCAGAGGCGCAGGGUCCACAUAACCCUAGAGCUGCCUUGGAGUGCGGACCGUGCCAUUCAGCAGUUUGGUCGCACUCACCGCUCCAAUCAGGUAACAGCCCCAGAGUACAUCUUCCUCAUUUCCGAGCUGGCAGGGGAGCGACGCUUUGCCUCUAUCGUAGCCAAGAGGCUGGAGAGUCUGGGGGCUUUGACCCAUGGUGACCGAAGAGCCACAGAGUCCAGAGACUUGAGCAAAUACAACUUUGAGAACAAGUAUGGCACUAAAGCCCUGGACAUGAUAACCAAAGCCAUCCUUGGGCACAUUGAAAGCAAAGUGCCUCCUCCUAAAGACUACCCAGGGGGUGACAUCACGUUUUUCAGAGAAAUGAAGCGUGGAAUGGUUGAUGUUGGUAUCUUUUGCAAAGACCCCCGCUUUGGUAUCAGUAUUGAGAAAGACUGCAGCAUUACCAAGUUUCUUAACCGCAUCUUGGGCCUAGAGGUGCACAAGCAGAAUUCUCUUUUCCAAUACUUUACUGACAACUUUGACUACUUGAUCGAGAAGGACAAGAAAGAGGGCAAAUAUGACAUGGGCAUUCUAGAUCUUGCUCCAGGCAACGAUGAGAUCUAUGAGGAAACACAGGAGAAGUUCCUCACUCCAGGGAAUCCUCAGGAUGGGCAGGUGGUGCUCUACAAGAUCGGCGUGGACCGAGGGAUGCCUUGGGAUGAGGCCUACAGGAAGUCCCAGAACCUGUGUGGGACCAGCGAUGGUUUCUACCUCUCACGCAAGCUGCGGGGAAACCACCCCUGUGUGCUGCUUGCAGAACAGGGCCGGGGCCGGAACCUCAUCCUCUACAAGCCCAACAUCGGUAAGCAGGCCCACCCAGAGAGCCUGGACAACUUGGAGCGGAGGUACCGCAAGGUGACACCCGAGGAAGCCAAGGAAAGCUGGGAGUAUCAGUUCACCUUUUCUUUUCGGAAGUGCAGCCAUGCCAACUGGAACGGGAAGUGCAAACAGCUGGAGGAAGGUCAUGAGUGCUGGCUGGGCAUGCGAUUGCGGCAGUACCACAUGCUCUGUGGUGCGCUGCUCAGGGUAUGGAAGCGUGUGGCUGACAUUGUUUCCGAUAUCACCAAUUCCAACAUCCUGCAGAUCGUCCGUCUCAAGACCAAACAGCACAACAAGCAAGUUGGAAUCAAGAUCCCAGAGAACUGUGUGGCACGGGUACGGGAGGAGCUAAUAGCAAUGGAAGAGGAGGUGAAGCGCAAACGUCAGGAGCGGGAGCAGCGGGCAGAGGAGCAACGGGCACUGGACCUGGAGCUACGAAAGAACCAGUUGCUCACUAGUUUGUGCAACCAGCCCCUGGACCUCUCCAGCCUGUCUGGCCUGUCCAGCCUGUCUGGCCUGCCGGGGCUCUCGUUGCUCCCUUCACGGCCAGGUCUCUUUGCCACCUCCAACACCCUACCCCCAUUUCCCUCCCAGCCCACCAUUCCGGAUUUCUUGGACCUGACCGUCAGCAGCUCCUCUACAUCACCUGAUAGCAUCGGAGGUGGCUUGGGCCUGGACAGCAUCACAUGCUCCACAGAGAACACCCAGGAGGACUUAAGCUUGGACUCUCUGAUCUCAUCCCCAGCUCUCAAUACUAGCCACUUGCUGCUCACACAACACUCGCACCACACAUCGCUGGGGCAGCCCUUGCAAUACUCACAGCAUACAUCACUAUCGCAACAUGUGCUGCAAACACAACGCACACCACUACCGCAGCAUGAGCUGCCUGCACAGGAGAGUCGGACAUCACUCUCUACGCAGCAGGACAUCCUGGAUUUCUUGAACAGCCCUACUCCUGACCUACCCUCACCUUAUCCGCUCUCCCUGGCAACAGCCCCCUCUUCUGUGUCCUCCUCCACUGGGGUUCCUUAUUCAAGCAUCUUCCACUCAUCCUCUCGCUUCUCAUCUACAUCUGCUUCUUUGGAGCAGCAGCCACAGCCCCUAGUCAAUGGCCACCUGUCAGCACAGGGCUCCAUUAAUGCUCGGGAAGUCUUGGACACCAUGUUGGGGACCAACGCAGACCGCCAGUCUGUUAUCCAUUACCCGUCCGACUGGAACGUGACUUAGAGCCUUCAGGCACUGCGUGCGCAGCCAGGUCUCUCCCUCCAUCUCGCCUUGGCCGGCUGACAUGGUAAUGCUAGCGUGGUCAUGCUUUGUCCUUCUGUUCCCAGAGUGCAGGUCACCAUAGGUCGUUUCUGUUGAUGUUGAUGUUGUUGUUGUUGUUUUUGUCCACUGCAGAAUAACUACAGAAAAAUGUAAUAACAGAGAAACAAUAUUUUCAGAGCAACUUCUCAGUCGAGACUUUUCAAGUCUGCUGAAAAGUGUUUGUCUUUGGACCUUGAACUGCGAUGUAUGGUGGGUUCCAUGUCUUGUCCAGCCUGCGAUCCACCACCAGUCUUCAAGUGGGGUUAUCAGUGGGAAAAGUAGAGGCCUCCAUGAAGGACCACUCUUACAGCAUCCUUAAAAUAUUUGGGGUUAACUUCCUUCACCACUUCUCACUUCCAGUAAGUUAAGCCUGGUAGAUUUCUCUGGUUAAAGUACAAGUCUAAACGCAAACUUUUGCACUCUUCACGCGUUUUCAGGCCAAUCUGUAAACCUGUAUGGCUGUGAGGUUAUUAAUGAAUCUGUGGAGCCAUGUUGUCUUUUAUAGGGUGUAAUUCAACUGUAGAUGAGCCCAAGACAGCUGUGUAAUGUGGAGUCCUGGGUUUCCAUUGUGACCUACUGCCGACGAAAAUAACUCACUCAUCCCAUCAAUGCUCCUAGAAGUAGAACACCUGGAACAUGGCCAGUAAAGAACCUGCUUUGGAUAAUGAUAUCGCCACUAAGAAUUUAGUAUCACUAGCUAAGAGUUGCAUAGAAGAGUAUGCAUUUUUGUCAGAACAUAUCUCUCUGUACUUUUGUAUAUCCUAAAACAGCCAUCAUCCCUGUUAAUACUACACAGUAGGACAAGUAAGGAUCAAAAGCCAUAUUUCAUAGUAUUUUUGUCAUUUUCAUGCUUCACGCGUAGAUGUUUUCCAGGUGUUUCUCCUGUUCUUCUGCUUCAGUCUGCUUUGUUCAGUAUGAUGAACGGAACUGGACUUAGUCCCAGAUGCUUUGAGAUUUAAACAUUUCUGUGUUUAUAAGUCCGAGGGCAAGAGGAACACUGAACUGAAAAAUGUUGCCCUCGUUAACUGGAAUAAGGGUAUGCCAAAAAAAUUCUCACACACACGUUGUCCAAAAGGCAUUUUAUAUCGUUUUGUUCACCCUCAGUUAGCUUAUAGCAUUUCUUUCUUGUGAGUACCAUUACUCUGAGUGGGAGAAAUGCCUUCUUCGGGGGGGGGGGGGAGGAAAGCCUCAUGUUAUAACAGUGCCUUCAAGAACAAGCUGAGAAAUGCAGUCAUUUGAACCCAUGGUCUCCUGUAUAUAUUUGUUCUCAGAGCAGUAGUACAUUAUUUAUUGUAGUUUGUAUUUAAUCAGCCCCCACCCUUUAACGUACUGUGACGUUGAGUGUUGGAGACGGCCCAAAUGCCAGCUCCCAUGAUUUCACAACCUCUUUUGCUUACAUGUUCCAUCAGUACCCACCUAGUGAUAGUCCCGGCUUCCCACGGCAGUCACGCUUGGCUGAGGUGUAAUGUUAAAGGCAGUUGGGAAAACCCAGAAGUUCCCCACAUCCCCAUUGUGACACAUGGCCUGGUCAUGUGAUUCUUCUGGGUCACAUUUGGUUUGAAAUCCUCAGGAAAAUCUGAUCAGAUCCAGUUUUAAAUGUACAGGCGUUGCCCUUCCUUUCAGUUCCAAGGUUUAGAAACAUAACCCCAUUAGGUCCGUGACAUGAGGUUGGGUAACGUGACCCCGUGGACCUGUGGACUCGCUGCAUCCCGAAUUGGUCAGUGGUAGCCCAGAUCUCCCACCAAACCUCACAGAAAGCAAUAACGUAAACAUGGAAAAAGUUUUAAGUACUGUUUUAUGGAUUAAAGAUGCCUGUUCUGGGUUGAAUUUGACUUUUUUGUAGACUGAUUGCUCCAGCUACAAAUAUACAAAAAUGUUUAAAUGAAAGUUCAUUAGGUCCUUUAUUUUAGGAUCGAGGUUUGGGUCCUAUAUUGUUGCAAGAGGAAAAUGGGAUAAAAGCAAUGUUUUGUUGUUAUGGAUAUUGUUAUUAAUAUUGUUAUCAUUGUUAUUUAUAUUUAAGGGACAUUUUAGUGGAAAUAGUUUUUAUGAUUAUAAUCCUGUUCUGUAGUCAAUAUUUUAAGAAGUCAAAAGAUUUUUUUUGUCAGGGAAUUUUUUUUAAAGCAGAUUUAAUUUACACAAAAAUAUAUAUUGCAACCUGCCACCAAAUAUAUUGCACUGUUCUGUACUGCUGUACAGGGUCGCUGGUCUUUCUUUCUGUUGCAGUUAUUCACCUUGACUCAAGUGAAAUUACUUAUCUUUUGUUAUACCAGCUAGAAGUUUAGUUUGCAGAGUGAUACCAAAGUAUUUCCACACCUGAAGUUAGCGGCUAUAUCCAAAACCUAUCUCAGGAAAAAAAAUCUAUAUACCAGAUACCGCAUCUGUUAGUUCUGGUGUCAUAAACAACUUCAAAAAAGUUUUGUUCCCCCCCAUUCUGCACUGCGACUCUGGAAUCUAUUUUUUUCUCUUUUUUUUUUUUUUUUUUUUUUUUUUUUUUUUUUGAGACUUGACAGAAUGGGCUUUGUCAUUCAGUUUUGUGAAUUUUGGGUGAUUAAAGUGUUUAUGCCAUCUUAGGGCAAAAACGAGAGCCGUGUCUGAAAAAGAAUACAAUACACUGGCUCCUCACCUUACAAGCAUCAGUGGGACCGAAAGUCAUUCUUCCACUACUUAAUAUUGCAGUCAUCACUUGACUUAUUGACAGGAUUGAUUGUGUAAAAAUCUCCUAUACAGCUAUAAUAAAGGAACAAUACUUUGUAAGACUUUAUUUUAAAUUUUUAUUCAUUUUGAGAU